UACAGACAAGAUUAAAUGCUCUAAUGUUUCAUGUUUGACAAUUAAUUGGUUCGACUCAUCGGAUCAAGAUGAAUACAAUGGACCAACUUCUCCUGAAAUAACGAUGUGUUGACAGUUCAUCUUUUUCUCAGACUUUACAAGCUGGUUCUACAUAUUUAUAAGGAACAUGUAUUAUGAGUGUCUGUGAGAUUAAAAAUAAAAAAGGCCAAAGAAUCAACUCGAUUAGAAUUCGUUUUAAUUUAACAUGCUAGCGUUAAUUGCUGUGUUUCAUUCUUGGCAUAGUGGGGUAGAGAUAUGUCUGAGUUGGUGGGGAAGGUACUAGUUUCAACAGUGAUAAACCUGUACGAAUGGCAAGUUGUCAGGGUUACAGACGCAAGAAGUGCUUGUUGAUUGGUGCAGUUCCACAGCUAGCUUUGUGACGCUCCGCGUCCAGAGUUGUGAUUUGUCCAAAUGUUUAUCCUUGUAGAAAAGCGGUUUAGCACCUGCAGAUCACCGGAUGGACUGUAGUCAUUUAGGUAGCUAGCAUCGGUGAGAAGUUAGUUUCUAAGCCAAGGAAACUGUUAGUUUACAAUGAUAACGACGUACUUUAUACUGACCGACACUUUCUUCAAAGCAGGUAGACAGCAAAUGAAGGAAUUCGGCAAAAAUUAAACAACCGAGUGUGUUCAGCCUAAUUUUAGAUGUUCGCUAGCUAAUAGGAUAGCUAGCUCUUUCAGCUGACUACUUUGGUAGAUAGUUUAGUUAAUAUUAGUGUUUAGGUAAUUAGACUGUUUGUCUAUUUACAUUUUUUUUCUAGUUGAACAUUUUUUAGGGGGUUGCACGUUUACUUGUAGUACAACGUCUUGCCGAUUUUGUCGCGAACGGAGAAAGUUUUGAGAUUCUGAAGUCGUGAGAGUAAGAGGUAAGCCAGUAGGUGGCAGUUAAGAUUCAGAGUCCUGUCCAGGAUUCCAGAGGCUCAGGCUGCACUGGCCACAGUGGAUAACCAACGGGAGACAGUCAAGAACAUCCUUGAUGGUCUUCAGCAAAAUAUUGUCAGUUUGGAAAAUACCAUAACUAAAAUAAACCAUACAUUUGAGUCAGUUCAGUCAGACACUGAUGAAUCAGAGCGCCAGCUGAGCUCUGGAUCGGAUGAGGAAUGGCGGGCCCAGCUAUGCUCUAAGUCUGCUGAGGACCAGGACCGGGACCAGCAGACUUUACUGAAGGGGCUGCAGAGAGAGAGGCACCAUCUGCACACUAUAUUGCAGGAGCUCAGAGCCGCAGAGACUGAAACCAGUGGUCGUGAGCAGGAACAGGACAGCCUCAGACAGAAGGUGCACUCUCAGGGCAACAUGCAGAGAAGCCGACGAUCAAUCAGCCCCAAACGAGGGCUGUCUAUCAACCCCAUCUCCUCUCAACACUCCCCUGUCAAGGGAGGGACGUAUGAUUCGGAGCUGAUGAGGGUCCUCCGCGAGCGGGACGAGAUGCAGGGCGCGCUGGAGAAGUAUGAACGCCACCUCUCAGAGAUCCAGGCCAACGUCAAGGUGCUCACCGCUGACCGCGACAAGACCAGCAUGUACCACCAGCAGGCGCAGCAGGAGAUAGCAGCUCUGAGGCGUGAGGUGAUGCAAUCUCGUUCAAUGCGUAGCAGCUCUAAGGGUGGUGUGACGCCUCAGAGAAUCCUGAAACGCGUGGAGGCCGAACGGGACGAGGCCCAGGCCGACCUGCAGCGCAUGACCACCGAGAGAGACAGCCUCAGGGAGAGACUCAAGAUCAACCAGGAGACGGCCAUCAGUGAGCGAGCCCAUCUGGAGCAGCGCGUGGAGGACCUGCAGACAGCCUGCCUCACUCUGGAGCAGGAGCGUGGAGAGCAGAGAAACAGACAGGUUAUGCUGAAGGAGGCGAUGAGGGAGCUGGAGGAUGAGGUGCAGGGCCUGAGUCAAAAGCUGUCUGGAGUAGAGGAGGAGCUGAACGGCUUCAGGAAUGAGUGCAGUAUCCUCAGGCUUGCUCACAAUGAAUCAGAAAGUAACCUCAAUGAGACCCAGCGCAGACUGACUUCACGCAUUGGAGACCUGCAGAAGAUCCAGGAGAGGAAUAAGCUGCUGGAUGAAAAAAAUGACUCAUUGUUGAGGCAGCUGGCUGGUAUGAGGGAGGACAUGAGCUCUCUGCAGGACUCGGAGUCAGACCUGCAGCAGCAGAAAGUCUCCCUGCAGGAGCUGCUGGAGAAGAGGAGCCUGCAGCUCUCCAUGACAAACUCCCAGCUGGAUGAGAAUGAGCAGGCCAUCAGAAGCCUGAAGAUCAACACAGAGGAGCUAGAGACAACCAUUAGAAUGUUGUCAUCACCAUGGAGGGGCUUGCGUGAAUCAGUGAACGUUAGAGAUUGUGAGCUCGGCCUCUUCAGGAAGAAGCUGUCAGACUCGGAGGAUGAGCUUGGUGCCACACUCAAACACAGGGAUGCCACAUCUCGUGAAAACAGCCAGCUAAGGGAUGAGCUGGACAAGGCCCGCAUCGACAACCAGGCACUGCAUCUGAAGGUGGAUGACUGCUCACAGGAAAUGGAGAAUCUGCAGAGGAGAGUGCAGGAGUACGCUGACGACAUCACCCGCAUUGAGGACCUAUUGGCUUCUAAGGAGCAUGAGUGUCGAGAGCUGCAGGAGAGCCGUCGGCGGGCCUCGCUGCAGGCGGAGAGCUGGGAGGGUCAGGCACGGCAGGCGGAGACGGUGGCCGGCCAGCUACGGAUGGAGCUGGUCACCGUUGACCUGGAGUGCCAGGGCCUGAAAGAAAAGAUGAGGAGCCUGGAAGCCAGCCUACAAGAGGCUGUGAGUGCAGAGCGGGGCAGCUGCGGUCAGCUCUCCCAGCUGAACCGGCGUCUGCUGCAGUUGGAGGAGGAGCUGAGAGAGACUCAGAAACAGCAGUCCAUCAAAAACACCGACCUCGAGAAGACACGGGAACUCUGUGUCAAACUGGACAUCAACAAGGAAGCUUUGCAGCGUGAGCUGGAAGCCUCCCACAGUGAAGUGACCAGCCUGAGAAAGCAGCUGUUCAGCGAGCGGGCGUCCACCAACACACUGGAGACCAUGCUGGUGUCCACGCGGAACAAGGACCUGCACAGACAACUGGGCUCUCAGGAGAGGGCCGCCGAGGUCCAUCUGCUCCGGGACAAGCUCACAGCGGCCGACACCAAGGCGAGCUCUCAGAGUAGAGAGGUGUGCCACCUGAGGACUCGGUCCUCCCUGCUGGAGUCUGAUCUAGAGGUGACGAAGAAGAAGCUGGCCACUGAGCGCUUUGACAGGGAGCGGGCAGUGCUGGAGUUGCGUCGGCAGGGCCUCUCUUCAACCCUCUCCUCCACCCUCUCCUCCUCCCUGCGUCCCUCUUCUCCCCCCUUACGUCGCUCUAUCAGCCCCCAGCGGUCCUGGUCCCCAGAGCGUCCCUUCCACAGCACCCCGGAACGUCGCUCCCCUAAACGGAGUACAGUACUUCGGGACCUGUAUGAUUGAGCACCCCGUCUUUCAGUUACUCACAGUAGUUACAUUCUUGGAGUUUUGUAUUUUUUUUACAUCUGUUAUUUUCUAUGAAUGAGAUAUGAACUUCCAAAACAUUAUUGUGUCUCAAUGUAAUGUGCUUGUAUACCGUCCUCAAUAAAUUGCAGGUGUUUUAUACUGUUUACUUUAGGCUUUCAGCGAUUGGUAAAUACUCCAAAAUAUCACAGAUACUAAACAUUUUCCAGUC